AUGCCUCGUUAUGGUCACACACCAUUAAAGUUACCGUUUAUACCACAAUCAAUGAUUGCUCAAUUAUUACAAGCUUAUCAUGAUAGUCCAACCAGUGGACAUUUAGGUGUCAACAAAACCUGGCACAAGAUUCGGGAUCGAUAUUAUUGGCCAGGAAUGUACAAUCAGAUUAAACAAUAUAUAUUAUCAUGUUCCAAAUGCC